UUCCGUCUUCAGAAGGAGAAAAUGGCCGCCAGUACCCUCGGACGUAUCCUCUUUGUUUAAGUCUUGCUUGUGUUGUCAAUUUUUUGAUUUUCAAAAUGCCCAGCGCGUCCUGUACACCGUCACGUUCUUACGUUAGAAGAUCCCGACGAAAAGGAGUUAAUAGAGUACCCGUUCCACCCCGCACAAGCGCAGGACCUGCAGGAAGCUCUGCCGGUGCAGCAGCUGCAGCAGCAACCUCUGCAGCUGCCGCAGCUGGUUCCGGAGUAGUUUUUGUUGUAAGCAGUGGUAGCUCUUCUACAUCGGGUACACCAGACCCUCCAGGAACUGCCUCGGGAGCAAGUAUACCAGGCAACGUAAUCCACCACCCACCUUAUGACCUUCGCCGGAAAUCACCUCCUCACAAUGACGGUGGACCAAGCACAAGCUCAGUUGCUGUCAGUUGCACAACAAGUCAGAGCAUGGCAUGCAGUGCAAGUGGCACCCCAUCUACCUCUCCCACAAUGUUCUUCAAUGCCACUGAUAAUGCUUCCAUGGUGCCAGCAAGAAAACGACCAAGACGGACACAGUCUGUUAGCAGUGUUGAAAGGGAAUCUCAAAACAGCACGUUUGCUGCUCAGUACCUUCUUCAUGAUCUACCAGAUGAAGUAAUUUUAUUAGUCUUCAGUUACUUGAUGGAAAAAGACUUGUGCAGAGUCAGCCAAGUGUGCAGACGGUUCAGGAGUAUUGCUAAUGAUGUGGAACUCUGGAAAAAACUUUAUCAGUCAUUAUAUGAAUAUGAUGUUCCACUUUUCAACCCAGAGCCAUGUCGCUUUGAAUUUGAGAAUGUAUCAGACUGUGAACAUGCUAACCCAUGGAAGGAAAGUUUCCAGCAGUUGUAUCGAGGUGUCCAUGUACGACAAGGUUACCAGGACCUUAAAUUUGAAGGCAGAAAAGUUCCUUUUUUCAACACUAUUCAAGCUGCUUUGGACUAUGCUGAUGAGAAAGGACAAAGUCUUCACACUGAUGCUGGAGAUGGGGCUCUUAUUUUUAUUCAUUCUGGGACAUACACAGGCGAAUUUCUGGUCAUCGAUUGUGAUGUGUCUCUUAUUGGUGCGGCCCCUGGAAAUGUUGCUGAAUCUGUGAUAUUGGACCGUGAAUCAGAGUCCACUAUUAUGUUUGUUGAGGGUGCUAAGCAGGCGUACCUAGGGCAUGUAACAUUAAAGUUUUCUCCUGAUGUGGGAUCCACAACACCUCAUCACAAGCAUUAUGCCCUUGAAAUUGGAGAAAAUUGUAGCCCUACAAUUGAUCAUUGCAUUAUACGAAGUAGUUCAGUUGUGGGUUCCACUGUAUGUGUGAGUGGUAUGGGAGCUAAUCCAACAAUCAGACAUUGUGAUAUCAGUGAUUGUGAGAAUGUGGGCCUGUAUGUGACGGACUAUGCACAAGGCUUGUAUGAAGACAAUGAAAUAAGUCGCAAUGCGCUUGCUGGUAUUUGGGUGAAAAAUUGUGCAAGUCCUAUUAUGAGAAGAAAUCAUAUCCAUCAUGGCCGCGAUGUAGGAGUAUUUACCUUUGACAAUGGCAUGGGUUAUUUUGAAUCUUGUGACAUCCAUAACAACCGAAUUGCUGGCUUUGAAGUAAAGGCAGGAGCCAACCCCACUGUUGUAAAUUGUGAAAUUCACCAUGGUCAAACAGGAGGUAUCUAUGUCCAUGAGAAUGGGCUUGGUCAAUUCUUAGACAACAAAAUUCACUCCAACAACUUUGCUGGGGUUUGGAUCACUUCUAACAGCAACCCUACUAUACGCCGCAAUGAGAUUUAUGACGGACAGCAAGGUGGUGUUUAUAUUUUUGGUGAAGGACGGGGGUUGAUUGAACAUAAUGAUAUCCAUGGCAAUGCUCUGGCUGGUAUUCAAAUCAGAACUUCAAGUGACCCAAUUGUUAGACACAAUGUGAUUCAUGAUGGUCAACAUGGUGGUAUUUAUGUACAUGAGAAAGGUAGAGGCCUUGUAGAAGAGAAUGAAGUUCACUCCAACUCUUUAGCUGGUGUGUGGAUCACUACUGGUAGCACUCCCAUUUUGAGACGCAAUCGUAUUCAUUCCGGCAAGCAAGUUGGUGUUUAUUUUUAUGAUAAUGGUCAUGGAAGACUGGAAGAUAAUGAAAUCUUCAACCACAUGUACUCUGGAGUUCAGAUUAGGACGGGCAGUAAUCCCAUUAUCCGAGGUAACAAAAUUUGGGGUGGUCAGAAUGGUGGAGUGCUUGUAUACAAUGGAGGACUUGGACUUCUGGAGCAGAAUGAAAUAUUUGACAAUGCCAUGGCUGGAGUUUGGAUUAAGACAGAGUCCAACCCGACCUUAAAACUCAACAAAAUUUUUGAUGGAAGAGAUGGUGGCAUUUGUGUGUUUAGUGGUGGCAAAGGGGUUUUGGAAGGUAAUGACAUUUUUCGCAAUGCCCAAGCGGGUGUGCUAAUUUCUACUGGAUCUCACCCAAUAUUGAGACGAAAUAGAAUCUUUGAUGGACAAGCUGCAGGUGUUGAAAUCACCAAUACAGCAACUGCAACCUUAGAAUACAAUGAAAUUUUCAACAAUCGUUUUGGUGGACUCUGUUUAGCAAGUGGUGUUCACCCACUCUUAAAAGAAAAUAGAAUAUUCAGUAACCAGGAUGCUAUUGAAAAAGCUGUGACUGAUGGCCAGUGCCUGUAUAAAAUCUCGAGCUACACCUCAUUUCCAAUGCAUGACUUCUAUCGUUGCCAGACUUGUAACACAACUGACAGAAACGCCAUUUGUGUGAAUUGCAUUAAGGUCUGCCAUGCUGGUCAUACAGUUGAAUUUAUAAGACAUGACAGAUUUUUCUGUGACUGUGGUGCUGGAACGUUGAACAACCAAUGUCAACUUCAAGGAGAGCCUACUCAAGACACUGACACUUUGUAUGACUCAGCUGCCCCUGUAGGAUCUCACACAUUAAUGGUUAACUGAGAUGUGCUUUAAAGCCUCCACAUUGGAAUCCAUACUCAGUCAUCAUGAUGACUGUAUGUGAGUGAUACAUUAUCAGGCGAUGGCUGUCAGGUUAGAGAGUUCAUCAUUUUCAUAAUUGUUUCUCAUAUUGUUAUUUGGUGACGAGUAGGAGCCACUGUCUCUCUGCAAUCCUCAACAAUCUGCUUUAGUUCAUUAGCGGUACAUUUCCUUAAACUGGUGUUUUUUUACAAUCUUGAUCAACUUUCCUUGUCAGGAGGGUUGGGUAUUCUUGCAAACCUCUUGUUUUGCAUGCAUGUUUGAACAUGAUGCCCAUCCCUUCCUUUUAAUAAAAUCAUUUAUCAGAGAUUAAGCUACAUUUAUGUUUAAAAUCCUCCAUUCAGUGCUGUGAUACCUUGUUUUUAUAGUGUCUUUUGUUUAUAUUGUUUUGUUGAUUCUUGCAUUCUCUCUGAUAUUGCGUUUAAACUUUCUGCAUUGAUGAUUGUCAUAUUUUCACUUUAGUUUGUAGUGUUUUAUUGUAUAUGUUUUGAUUGACUGAGGAAGUUAUCAUGUAAGUUAAGUUUCCCCUCUUGUACUGUACGCAAGCUUGCAUCACUAAUUGUAUAAUCAGGUCAUUUAGAAAGGUUUUGUGACAGCCAUCACUGAUUUUGUUCUUGGAUUUCACCACUCUAUGCUCCAUUGAACUAUUCCUCAAGGGUCAAUUGUUCAUGUGCUGUGUUCACAUGUGCUUCAGGUAUUUGUGACCAACUUAAAUUUUGUGUUUGCACCUGGAGAGCAACGGGUGUGAAAGAUUCAAGUGCCAUCUAUCUUGUGCCUGAAGAAAGGUGUCUAACAGUGAAACUACUUCAUAUCAACUGCAUCGUAGUGGGUUUUAGUUGUCUUUGCAUCACCCAUCUUUCACCCUGUUGUGGAAUGUGCACUUUUAUCAACGUGAGCGGCUCAGAGGUAUAUGGAGACAGUCUUACAAGUGGUUUGUGGAGGCUUGUGGCGAAGUGGGUCCUUGUGUGAUGCGUGUUUGUGUGAGUGAGUUGUGAAUGUUUGUGUACAUAUUCUCACUUUAUUUAUACAUAUGUGUGCAUGUGCUGACUGAAUAGACUACAUCUGGCCUAUUUUAAGGAUUUCAGAACAGAUGUUUAUGGCCCUGAGAUCAUAUUUGACUCUUCAGGAAUCUCGUUUAUAUAAAUGUAUAUAUCGUAGAGUGAUCAUUCAUUCAGAAUAAAUAUUUGUUUUCUUGAAGUACUACUACUGUUUUCUUUUUCUUUCAUUUGAUUGAAUUUUAUUUUGGUUUGAAUGAAACUGUUUGUUAUCUUCAGCUACAGGGACAUUAACUUAUGUUCUGUUAUGUAAAUAAACAUAGAUUUAUAUCAUUUGCAUAAGUGUUAAUAAUUAUUUAAAAUUUACAUAUAAUUUUUCGUGUAAAAUGAAUUGUCCAUCCCGAGCAUGAAUAUUUAUGCCGUACCCACCAAUGACCUAACAAAACAAAUAUCUUUGCCACUAUCAAUAGAAGAGAGAGAGGGAGAGAGAAUGGCAUCUAUUUAUGUAUCGGUGAACUGUAAACCUUUAGAUCAAAAACAAAUUUUUAUAACGCCAAUUUGGUUACCACAGGUCAAGAGGUGAGACUCAUCAUAGCAUAUCUUUUUACUAUUUAAGUGUUUGAGCAGUGUUGCAUUUUUAAAUUUCUUCUUUUUUUCUUUUCCUUUUUAUGUUAUUGAAGAUAAUCAUUUUGCUUUGUGGAAAUUAUUUGUGUAAGGAACUCUGUGGAAUAUGCUUUUCCCUUUUCUCACUGUUUCUGCCACUCUUCAAAGUGAGGCUGUAUUGGUUUGAUGAGUGUCAAUAACUUUCAUGCCUCAGAGAUGUUGUUAAUGUGUUGCAAGUGUGACACGUAACUUUGUUACCGGUUCCAGUCUUAGAAACAUUGUGUUAGGUACAUUGGAGGGUCGAGCUGAGCCAAGUAGCCCAGUGGCACAUGUUCCUGACUUAGUAUUUGCAAUAACAUGCUGUUUUGUACAUAACACUUUUUGUAUUUUCCAUGUAAGUUUUGCGAGGUUGAAAGUGGAUCUGUUUUGCCUGCAGACACGCACUGCAGAAUAAAGUUUCUCUAUCCUGUAAUGCAUGUCUGCAAGCAUUUGUUCAAGGGCAUUUGGAAGAGAAUUAAGACUCAAACUCCAAUGGAUUUGAUAUAUAAUGCUUUUAAUUGGUAAACUGUACGCCCUCUUCAAAAAAUGUUAGCAUAUCGGAUGCUCCUGUAGUGCUAAUGGAAAGUGUUAUUUUCUAAUUGUAUAAUACAUGUGCUUGCUUUUGAUUCAUGGUAGCCUUUACAUCUAAUAACUGUGUUGCACUACAUUUUGUGGAAUUAUUGCUUUCUGGGAACUGGAUUCACGAAUGUUCACAUUUUUCAUAAUUAGUUAUCUGCUACAAAAUUGUGGUUUUGUCUGUGUUUUCCUAAGAAUAUGCAAGCAAACUUUGUGAUUAGGUAUUAUUAAAUCAGUGGUGGUUGUUAAGUUAACAGUCCCAGAAUUUAUAUGUUUCAAAACAAAAUUGAACUUUCUUCAAAUGUUCAAAGACUAUUUAUUUAUCUAUUCUGUAAUAGUUCUGUUGAAAAGCACAUACAGUUUUUGAUCAAUCAUCUCCAUUCUUUGUGCUCUAGAAGCUUUAAGAGAUAUUCUGGCGAAUUUUGUGCCAAUUCUAUCAUACUUGUGAGAAAUGAUAGAUACAAAGAGAUCCUGUGUAUGGAAAAAAGAAUGUGAUAGCAAGUCAGCAAGACCUAAUUCCUGUAAUGUUAAAAGUCUUGUACUGUGUUGAACUAGGGGAGUCAUAUGCCUCCCCUCCUCCCUUUAAAAUGUACAUGUGGGCUUUGUUUGGAACUUCAUGUUGCAAGCAUAGAUGAAGUGUUAUGUACUAUACAAGAACAAGAAACUUGUUUGAAGAUAAGAUUGUAUAAAAUUGGUUCAAUUCACCACUACAAUUAUUCAGUGUUAUGUGCCAUAGAGCCAUCGUAGAAAGCAAUUUCGGUGGCUUAGAUACUGUAGUGCUCAGUGGUUGGCCUCAGGAAGGCUCAACAUACCAGGCUAGAGUGUUGAGACUUCCAUGCUUCGGGUUUAAAAUAUCUUGUAAACUUUUCUUGCCAAUAAUGUUGAUAAUUUUCAUGUUUUAUUUACUGUUUUGCUUCUGUCAAAUAGCGUAAUAUUCAUUGAGAAAAGAUAAUUUAUUGGGGAAUGAAUUGUAUGUUCAAAGUUCUAUUUGGAAUUAUAAUCCUUGCAUUGGAAGGGUUAGUCCUCAUGCUGGUUAAUAUGAAGAGCAUAUUGCCAGCUUCAUCCCCACCCAAUGUUAAUGAGCAAGUAUUGCAGAUACCUUAAUAGUUUUUAUUAUUAAUUCUACAAUUUAGUGUCAUAUAUCAGUGUGACGUGUAGUAAAUGUACAUUGAUCAGUUAACUAUUGGGUCACACGACUCUUCAAGCACCUUGUACCAAUUUCAUCAGGUGAACUUAGCUUUUGAGUCUUUCAAGACUUCCGUAUUCAUGUGUCUCAUUGAGCCUUCUACCAUGAAAGAACUUACUGCCACAUUUCUUCAAGUUUUACAUUAUAAUUAGAUAUAGCAAGUAACAUAUUUCCAAACAAAAUCAGACCUUAUUGUUCUGUGUACAAUAAUGUGCUUGCAAAAAAAUGAAAAAUAAACUGGUGUAUCUUAAA